CACAAAAUAUAAAAGAUGCCCAAUGUUGGGUUCAUCUUCACACUUCUCUCUCAACUGUCUUUCGAACAGCAACAGAGUAACCCCAAACUUUGCUUAAGAAUGAAAUUCAUCGUCGCUCUCGCUUUCUUGGCCGUGGCUUUGGCUGCACCGCAAGGAGACAAGAAGCCCAUUGAGAUUAUUUCAUCCAAUAGCGAAACGAACGCUGAUGGCAGCUACUCUUUCGAUUUCGAGAGCGCUGAUGGCACUAAAGUGCAGGAAAGUGGCAGCCAGAAGCAAGUUGGACCUAAACCCGAAGACAUCGGCACCGUCUCCAAGGGAUCUUACUCCUACACCUCUCCCGAUGGCGUCGUCAUCACUGUCAACUGGGUUGCCGACGAGAACGGUUUCCAGGCUACCGGUGACCAUUUGCCCACUCCUCCCCCGAUGCCCGAGCACGUCGUCAAACUUUUGGCCGACUUGAAAGCCGCCGGUCUUUUGUAAACGGCUCAACCAUAUGCAAUUUUGCGACUUUUGCUUUUAUAUAUGUACAUAACGUUCACGAUGCUUUACGACCGCCUGUAACGUUGAAAGCAGAGAAAAUGUGCUUGUAUUACGAUUUCCGUUAGCAAGUUACAUAAUACAUUUUUGUACGUUAUUCAAA